UUUCUCUUAUAAUUAUGUGCAACAUGAUUAGGAACGAGGAUUGUUCCAGCUAUAAAAGCAUGCACGUCGGUAGCAUCGAGAGCAUCGGAAGCGGUCGUAAUCCUGAUGGCAAUUAUGGAACCGACAGUACUAUAACACAUCGACCACUAGAAAUCAUCACGAAUGCUUUCGAGAUGGAGGCGAGCGUUCUUUCACCGGAUGGAACCCAAACGGAUCCCGAAGCUUCUUUGCAGGAUGCAAUGAUGGGACUGGAAGGCGAUGACGACGAGUUGUGCGAAGCGGAAAAACGGCGACAUAAUUGGAUUCAAAAUUUCUCAUACAAACUCAACACCGCUACACUGAGCAUCAUUGAAGAAAGGACAGACGAAGAUAGCAGUUUCACUCAACGUUCUCCGGAGUGGACUGUCAAUGUUGAGGGGAAAAAUAGUGUGAUUGAAAGGUUCAUCAGUCUGGAUAGAAACGAUGAGAUCCAUCAUGAUGAUGAAUCGAGUUCCCCUGUGGAAUUGGCAGUAAAUACAGGUCUUGGAAAUUUGCAAGUUGAUGAUGUUGAUGAUGAGCCUGUUCCGGUCGUCAGCGAAGAUAAUUCAAGCGAACGGAGUUUGAAGGGAUUUGAAAAUGUGGAAAAAUUGCUGGAUAGAAUGCCGCUGGUAACAAUAAUGAGAACACUGAGACGAUUUCGAUCAUUCGAGUACCCCCGGGGUGGGGCUGAGGAUAGUGACGGCAGCGAAGAGAAUGUUGAACAUCCGCAUGAGGAAGACUGUGAAUUAAACCAUUUAGCCGAAGAAGCUGAUGAUACUGAAGGGGAGCAAGACGAAGAAACGAUCAUGCCUGUUGACCCGGAAGAGGACUUUGAUAUGGAGGCAGCCAUCGAUGCGGUUCUGGGGGAAGCGUCUUCCAAAGUAAAGCAAACGAAAUGGAACAUGAUCAGAAGUAUUUUGCACAAAAUUCCUUAUAGAGCGAAUGCGUUUGAUUUAUAUGGUGAAAAUGAUGAAGACGUUCUACUGAAUCUAUUUGAGCAAAUGAAUAAUAAAAAACUUGAAAAUAAAGCUGGUGUGAUUAGAGAAGUUAGAGAUGAUAUAUAAGUUGAGUACUUAUUGUUAGAACGGAAUUCAACACGACUAUUACCUUUUGUGGAUUAAGUUCAAAGAUUCAAAGACUUUUUAAAUAAAUAUGUUUAAUGAAUAUGUGUACAGAAAAUUAUAUUUUUAUUGUGAUUGCGAUUAGGAAUAUGAUCGACGCAUUGGCUUAAGCAGUGAAAAAGGGAUGAAU